UAUCCUUUGGCACUAAUCUGUGAUUGUGUCAGUUCAAUUUGUCGUUUGCAUAAUAUCGAUUGUUAUAGUUUAUUUUUUGUAUAUCUUAGUAAUAUAAAUUAUAAUAAACCUUAUAAUUGUCCAUUCAUUUAAAUACAAAGAAAAACAAAACAAAAAUGUCAUUGCCACAAAAGAAAUAUUAUAGGCAACGUGCUCAUUCUAACCCUAUAGCAGACCAUUGUUUUGAUUAUCCUGUCCAUCCUAAUGAGUAUGACUGGUCAUCAUUGUAUCCCUCAUUGAAAACUCAUGGAAGUACAGUAAAUGAAAUAGAAUUUUUAGAUGUUGGUUGUGGAUAUGGUGGACUACUGGUAACUUUGUCUCCAAUGUUUCCCAAAAAUUUUAUACUGGGUUUAGAGAUAAGAGUUAAAGUGUCUGAUUAUGUGAAUGAUCGAAUCAAAGCAUUGAGGUUACAACAUCCUGAUCAGUAUCAAAAUAUUGCUGUAUUAAGAACAAAUGCAAUGAAAUAUUUACCAAACUUCUUUAACAAGGGACAGCUAAAGAAGAUGUUUUUUCUGUACCCUGAUCCACAUUUUAAGAAGGCUAAACAUAAAUGGAGAAUAAUUAAUAAAUGGCUUUUGUCUGAAUAUGCUUAUGUUUUGGGAGAGCAAGGUGUGGUGUACACAAUUACAGAUGUAAAAGAUUUGCAUGAUUGGAUGGUAUUACAUUUCGAGGAGCAUCCAUUAUUUGAAAGGAUAUGUGAGGAAGAGUUGAAAUUGGAUCCAAUUGUAGAAAAGUUAUAUGAUAGCACUGAAGAAGGCCAAAAGGUUACACGAAAUCGGGGAGACAAGUUUCUUGCUGUAUUUCGAAGAAUAUCUGAUAAUCUUAGAGAAAAUACAAUAAAUGAUGUUUGAUAUUAUUGCUUUAUUCUUAAGUUAUUAUAGCAUAUAAAAAUAUUUUUUAUUUUA